UCAUGUUGCAACGUUUGGAUGAGGUGAGUUGAAAGUUCACACUUCAUUCACUUCCAGCUGGCUUUGCCUUCGAGCAACAUGUUCUUCUUGUUGAUCUGUGCCGCCUUUGCGCUUAGCCUUUUAUUGGGCUUCGUUUACCUCUACCAGGACAUCAAACAUAUCUUAACAAAAGUGAAAAUAGGUCGCAGGGUCUUCCAGUACAUGCAGAGGAACUACACUCUUCUGGACCACUUUUUGGAGAUGGCCAAGACUCAGCCACACAAGCCGCUGAUUCUCUUCAAAGAUGACAUCUUCACCUACCAGGACGUGGAUCGGCUCAGCAGCCAGGCCGCCAGAGUCUUGCUGCACAGCGGCGUCGUGCGACCAGGCGACACGGUGGCUUUGUUCGUGGGGAACGAGCCCAUGUUUGUGUGGACCUGGUUGGCUCUCUUCAAGCUGGGAUGUUCAGCCGCUUUGCUCAACUCCAACAUCAGGUCCAAGUCUCUGCUGCACUGCUUCGAGUGCAGCGGGGCUAAAGUCCUGCUGGUGGCUCAAGACUUGCAGAGUGCAGUGGAGGAGGUGCAGCCAGAGCUCCGGGAGCAGCAGGUGUCCGUAUUGAUUAUGGGGGACGCAUGUACAACUGAAGGUGGGCUCAGCUUCACAGACAAGAUGAGGCAGAUGUCCUCUGAGCCUCUGGACGAAGACCUAAGAUCACAUGUAACGCUGCAGGAUCCUGCAGUGUACGUGUACACAUCAGGGACUACAGGUCUCCCCAAAGCAGCCCUGCUCACUCAUUCCAAACUGUGGGGCAUGACGAUGAUCCUCCGAUCCACCGGGUUGAGCCCCAAUAAUGUGAUUUACAUCAGCCUUCCUCUGUAUCACACGUCUGGGCUGGUUGGAUUCGCAGCAGCCAUUGAGAUGGGUAUCACAGUCGCCCUGAGGAAUAAAUUUUCUGCAUCUCAGUUCUGGGACGACUGCAGAAGAUACAACGUGACCGUCAUCCAGUACAUCGGUGAAAUUAUGCGUUACGUCUGCAAUACGCCAAAGAAACCCAACGAGCAAAACCACAACGUGAAACUGGCAAUUGGAAAUGGAAUCAGAGCAAAUGUUUGGAGAGAUUUCCAAAUGCGCUUUGGGAACAUUCGGAUUGUGGAGCUUUAUGGAGCAACAGAAGGGAACUUCUUUUUGAUGAAUUACAGCGGAAAGAUGGGAGCAGUCGGACGGGCGAGCUUCCUGUACAAGUGGUGUUUUCCCUUCGCUCUGAUCAAGUAUGACGUCGACAAGGGAGAACCUGUGAGGGAUUCUUCUGGUCUCUGCAUCCAGGUUCCCAAAGGCGAGCCGGGACUUCUGGUGUCGGAAAUCUCUGCGAGAGCUCCAUUUCUCGGCUAUGCCGGAGACCUGCAGCAGACUGAGAAGAAGAAGCUUCACCACGUCUUAAAGAAAGGAGACGUGUUCUUCAACACGGGCGACCUGAUGCUCGUCGACCGAGAUGGCUUCAUUUACUUCCACGAUCGAGUGGGUGACACCUUCAGAUGGAAGGGAGAGAAUGUUUCGACCAAUGAGGUGGCAGACGUCCUCACCCGGGCUGACUGCAUCGCUGAGGCCAACGUGUACGGUGUGGAAGUUCCAGGCAACGAGGGCAGAGUAGGAAUGGCUGCUGUCGCUCUCAAAGACGGACAAACAUUUGAUUGUGUCGGCUUGUUCAAGCACCUGGAAAGCUUCUUGCCGGCCUAUGCCAGGCCACGUUUCAUCAGGAUUCAGAGCUCCUUGGAUGUCACCGUCACAUUCAAGACGGUGAAGACCAAACUGGUCAAGGAAGGCUUCGACCCCACGACCAUUAAAGACCCGCUCUAUUUUCUGAAUGAUAAGGAGAAGAAAUACAUCCCAUUUACAAUUGAUUUAUUCCAUGCGCUGAUGUCAGGCAACAUGAGAAUAUAAUCCAUACUUUUAUUGCCUCCGCGGGAACACCACCAUAAACGUUGUUACUAAACAUGUAGGAUCAAUCAAAACAAAAUAAACAUCUUUCAUUAUUAAAAGGAAUGGUUGCAAUGCGAUGGUUCACACAUAAGUAACACACCAGUAAGUAACACACCAGUAAGUAACACACCAGUAGGUAACACACCAGUAGGUAACACACCAGUAAGUAACACACCAGUAAGUAACACUGAUUUGGCUGAUAGUAGUGAUGUUAGGAUAUUUCGACGAAUCAACAGGUACGCUUGGUCAAAUCAUAAUUUACCAUUUUUUCAUCAGGGGUCUACUCAAAAGACUUAUCUCACUUAUGUGAUAUUCUGUACAAUACAUAUGUAGUACAUACAGUAUAUACUAUGGAUGUUCCAAUGGACAUUUUUUGUUUUCCAAUCUAAAUAAGAAAAUAUUUUGUUACCUGUUACCUGGUAUAAUUUUAAGAUGAUGUAACCAUAUCUGAGACAAUGGUAACCAUGGCAACCAUGAUAACCAACAAAACAGUGAUAUAUAAUAACAAUAAAGACAUCAUGACUGGU